UCCUCCUGCGAGCGCUUGUGAGGCAGCUCCUGUCCAUUCACGGCUCUUUGUAGGGAGAAACAGAGCGCACUACCCAGUGCAUCACUGAGACAUCACACACACAGGUCCACGGACGACCAGCCCAGGGGGGUUUGCUUCUGCUUCUAACCCUAACCCUGAUCUGAGAGUGAGGUGAAAGGGGACAAGAGAGGAUAGAGACCCAGCCACUCCACAUCCAAGGAAAACCUUGACCAAGAGGGCCACAAGAAGAUACUGGACCGUCCCAAUAAGUGUAUCUAGGAGUUGAGAGCGAUAUGGAUCACUGGAUCAAACUGACCAGCUGAGACAGCAAUUUACUGCGGGAGAGGGGAACUCUGUUUUCUUCUGAAAAGUUACACUGAAAAAAUGAGCUGUUCCUGGAAUUAAGACAGGGACGCUGCAGCUGAAAGAUUUUCUGCUCGUCUUUCCUGAACUUUCAAGAUUGUCAUUCAUGGCGUGAAAUUGAGAUACUCUUUAACAGCAGCAGCUUGAAUUGUCCCAUCAGUAUUCUUCAUACACCAGCUGGCGUUUAUCUUGUUUUCCCAGCUCUGUCUGAGUAGCUGGGUGGAAAGAACUCUCACAGAGCAGGAUCAUGUUUUUCGUCUGAAGCCCUAAAACUUUGUAACCACUGACUGAAUAAAAAGACUGUUAGAAGAAACAGAAAAUGAUGCUAGCCUGGCUUCUAAGCGGGGAGAUUUUCUGACUGGACUUGGUUGUGCAGGAAAGAACCGAGGACAGAAGCCAUGUUCACAGGUUGCGGAGUUGCCGGUUUCCAGACCCAGUACCAGAUCCCAGCUCCUGUUGGACCACAUACAGCCCUGGAGGUGAACAGGCAGGUCCAGGUGGAGGUUGGGGUGACCCCGCAGAUGUAUCCUCCCUUCCAGGGUCAGGCGUACUGUGGACACCUUCCCUCCACUUCCCCCUCCACCACGCUAAACAGCAUCUCUACGUCGUCGCAGACCUCACUCCCCAUUCCUCCUCCUCCCGCCGCCCUCAAACUGGGGCAAGGGGGGUUCAAGAAGAUGUGUCGCACCGAAGAGGAUGGUCCCUGCCCAUUCCCAGGGCUGCCAGCAGGGGUUUUGGAGAUGCGCGUCAAGGAGGGCAGUAAGAUCCGCAAUCUGAUGGGCUUUGCCAUGUCUCGCAUGCAGGGGGAGAGGGGGGAGGUGCCUGGCGGUGCAGCCAUGGGGGUCAGCGCCAGGGGAGGCGGGGUUGGGGGUGGUCUGAGGCAGGUGGUGUUCACCGGCUCGGGGCGCGCGGUUACCAAGACGAUCACGUGCGCGGAGAUCAUGAAGAGAAAGGUGGGGGGUCUGCACCAGAUGACCAAGCUGCGCUACAAGGGCGUGAGGGAGGUGUGGGAGAGCCAGGAAGGGGGGGCCUCGGAGAUGACGGUGCACAGGACCGUGCCCUCCAUCAGCAUCCUCCUCUCCAAAGACCCCUUGGACCCCCAGGAGCCCGGUUACCAACCCCCAGAGACCCUCAGUGCUCUCUGGGAGGAGAGAGACGGGGCCGGGGAGGGUGGGGCCGGGGAGGGUGCCCCACAGGCAGCUAGCAAGAGAACACUAGGUGUGUCUCCCCGUAGCAGCCACCCUGACUGCAAGCGAGUGUGUCUAGGGGAGGGAGGAGGAGUAGGAGGGGGGUCUGGUCUUACCCCUCGCUGACUGACUUGGCUGGACUGUUGAGGGGCAGUGGAGGGGAAUGGAUCAGGGAAGCUCACUCAGUCCUGCCCUCCGCCCCAGCACAAAGUAGCCCAGACAAUCAGAGCACCUCACUCAGAUGGAACCGAGCUCUCUGAGCAGAACUGAGCACACAGGCCCCUGACUGCACAAGUCAGCCUGAAAUGGGGCCGGAAGUUCUGUACAUAUGGGGGCUUAUGGAAUGCAACUACACUGUAAGCCCAGUGAAAUGUUUUUUUUCGUCGUCAUGCCAACAGAAUUUUAAAUUACGCCGUUCAUGCCUAAAGAGCUUGAAUAGCUUCCUUUCUCUUACACAAUAUCAGCACCACAAAACACAAGAAAGGACGAAAUUACAUUUUAGUCGCCCUUCUCUUUCUUUCUAAGAUGUUGCUUAUUUAAUUUUUAGUCUUGUUUUAUCUGUAUAGUGUAUAAUCAAAAUGCAAAAGUUGGGUCCUCGACAUUUAAAUGAUUAUCGAUAAGUAUGCCUAUGUUUGUUCAAAGACGUCAUCAAUGACAAAUGUAACACAGUAUAUCCAUGGAGUUUUGUUUUGUCUGGAACAUUAAUCAUAUUCAAAAAUCUAAUAAA